AUGGACGAUCUCCCACUUCCUGCUAUCAACAUAUGGACGUUCUUCGCUCUAGCCGCGCUAGACAUCGCAGUAAACGCGGCCGCUGGUCCAGCUGCAGUGGCGACCGCCGCGCAUGUAAAUGGGACUCCACUGACAGCGAGAGCAAUGCAAAUCGGUGCCCUCGCUGGAGUCACUAAAUCAGGGGUAUUAGCAUUCGUCGAAUUCGUGACUUAUGCGGGAUUGCCAACGCCCGCAUGGAUACUAUUGGCUCUGGUGGCAAGCGGAUUUGGAAUAUGUGUCUUAGUCACGGCGGAGGUUAGCAAUUUGGUCCUUGGAGAAACACCGAGCGCAUUGCUUAUUGCGGCUGUUGUCGCUGCUAUUCCCCUUGCAGGAGAGUGUAUUGGGAUCUAUCACUCCGCUGGUGGGCUAUAUGGUAGCAAACCUCAGACUCAACUUUGUGUCAUGGGGCUCGAUGCCUUGGGAGGCUACGUUUUUGCUCGUAUGGCACAUAACGGAGGCUACGACGUCUGCCCUUACAAAGUUGCUGCCGCCGCAGGGGCCGUCUAUGGUGUUAUCACUGGUUUCUUCCAUACUGUCCUUGGGUGUAUCGCCGGGUUUACCCAUUAUGAAAGCACAAAUGGAAAUUAUGAAAUGCGGAAUGUGUUUGGGACUUCGCGAGGGUAUAAUCCCAAUUGGAAUCAAAAUGCCUGGCCUUAA